GGCGCGGCGCGGGCGAGCCGCCAUUUUAUGAGUAAAAACGGCGGCCGCCGUCCGUUAGCGGUAGCGUGGGGCGGUGUGCCGGAGGCGAGGGGCUCCUACCCCUCUUUAUUUCCCUUUGCGCUUUUUCCUCCUUUUACUCCUUUUUUUUUUUUCCCCCCUCCUCUCUCUCUCUCUCUCCCCCCCUCCCCCUUCCCUCCCUCUCAGAUUCCCUCCCUCCGCUUCUGUUAUCCCUCCCCUCGCUUCCUCUCCUCCCUCCCUCCCCUCCCUGGUCCCCGCCCCCGCCGGCACUGCGGAGCCGGAGACGUGACCCGAGCGGACCCAGCCGCGGCCUUUUCCCCGCUGCUCCAGCCUCUCGCCGCAGAGUCGCAUGUCAUCUAUCCAGAACCUCCAAUCCUUCGACCCCUUUGCUGAUGCAACAAAGGGUGACGACUUACUCCCAGCAGGGACUGAGGAUUACAUUCAUAUAAGGAUCCAGCAACGAAACGGAAGAAAGACGCUAACAACUGUUCAGGGAAUUGCAGAUGAUUAUGACAAGAAGAAACUUGUGAAAGCUUUCAAAAAGAAAUUUGCUUGUAAUGGUACUGUGAUUGAACAUCCUGAAUACGGUGAAGUUAUCCAGCUUCAAGGUGACCAGAGGAAGAACAUAUGCCAAUUUCUCUUGGAGAUUGGCAUUGUCAAGGAAGAACAACUGAAAGUUCAUGGUUUCUAAAAUACUGGUACUCUGAUGAAGAACCCUGCAGUAUUUGGUCUUACCUAGCCUGGCUCUCCUGUGAAAAAUGAAUCUUUACAGUGAAUGGACUUCCCUGUUACCUGACCAUUUAAAAUUUGAUUCAGAUUUGCAUGACUGUGUGAAACAUGUGGUGUGUAGACUAGAAACACAUAAGAAAACUUCAGUAAGGUGGUAAUGAUGACACUUGUGAACUUUAACACAAUUCCAAUGGAAAUGUUUUAGCGAUGAUUGUUCAGUUUACUACUCUCCACCUGACUUAAAUGUGUGGCUUGUAUUAAAAUAGUGUGUGUUGUUGCUUAGAAAUAAAAGUUUAUUCAUAUAUUUUCUGGGACAUCUGAAAUGCUUUAGCUUAAGUUUUAAAGUAGCACAGCAGUCUUACUAAAGAAUAGAUAAAAUGUUUUGUGGCAAGUAUAGCUCACUGCUCAUUGAAUAAAUUGGAUGGUCUACAUGAUACAGUAUUAGCUAAUUAAUCGGUACAUUAGCUUGAUGUGAUCUUAUCCUGUAACUGUAAGACUAGAGCUUUAAAGUCUCUUGUGUAGGUGUAUCUUAGUAGCAGUGUGAUAAGACAUAAAUUGUUUUCUAAGUAACUGGAUAUUCUCUAAAAUUUACUGCAGUGACUAUGAAACAUGAGUGUUAAGCAUAGUAGGACUAAAAUAAGCUGCACUCCUUAAGGCUGCUGUUAUUGAGAACACAUGAAACAUCUAGGUCUUACAUAGUACUCCCAAAACAUUUGAAGGAAGUGCAUGGGAUUUUGUAUCUCUUCUUUCACUGAGUGAACAGGAAAGACAUUGAGUUGGCUUUUGCCAUGACUGUGCAUUUAAUGUUGGCAAGCAGAGUGCUUGGAUUAGCUGGUAGUGUUAGCUACGGAAGUAAGGAAGGGAACAGGUUCUACGCUAACCUUUUUUUUUUUUUUUUUCCCCCUGGUGUGAAAAGUUUUGCUGUGACUAAUGGUUAAUAGGGAGAGGUUUGUAAUGGGGUUUGGGUGUUAACUACAGAAAGCUGAUUUAGUCUACUUCUCUAGCAGGCAAUUCAUUCACUGUGAUCUAAAGUUAUAAUAGGUUUGUUCCACCAUGCUUUUCAUCUAGUCUUAGUUAGCUAUAGGCAUUUUGGUGUUUUGCUUUUAGGAGAUGUUUCUUUAUGGAAUGAAAUGACUUCAUUUGUUGAAACAUGCAGAUCUUAUCUUCCUUGUGAGAUAGACGUGGAAAUUUUCUCUGAAACAUUCAAAACAUGCUGAGCUGGGAAACAAUAGGAAUAGUGGGGGAAAAAUUAAAAAAAAAAAAACAAAACAACUUCUUGUAAAAUCAUGUAUUGUCUGAAAAAGAAGAGACAUUUCUUUGCUGCUAAGGCUUACUAAUAAAACUUGUUCAGGAAAAAAAAAUAGCUGAUGACUACCUAUAUAAACAUCAAGAACAGGCAAAACUCUAUUACUUAAUAUCACCUGUGCCUAUACUGUGUUUCCUGUUCAGGCUUGCCUUUCUAAACAGAAAUGCUGAAUUUUAACUCAGUUGAGCUUUUUUUUUUUUUAUGAUUUCUGAAUUCAGAUAUGAACCUUUAUGGCACUAACAACAAUUAGGGGAGCAUUAUAGAGCAUUCUUAUGACAAGUUCUUUCUCUGUCUGAUCUGGACAAUUCCACCUGUAAAAAUCCAGUGUCCAGUCUCUCAAUCUCCACAAAUUCUGCCUGGUGUUACGGAUCUUAACUGUUCAGAAGAUUGCAAACUCUUAAGGUAUAGUGUGUUCAGGAGGAAGGAAAGCCUGCUGCAAAACAUGAAAUACCAGCACACAGAAGGGAAAUCUAAAGAAUAAGUCUUACGCAAGUCUUGCCCAUUAGCAAAAUAAAGUCAUUGUCCUGCAAGUUUACCUCGUUUUGAUUCAUAGAUGUUAAAAUAAUUAAUCCUUUGGGGGUACAUAGCAGUUAAUGAUUUUCAUUUUAUCAGAUAUCAGAAAAACUGACGUUCUCAUUCAAAGCUUGUUCUCCUGACCAAGAGGAAAACCAAGCAGUAUCUUCUCCUAUUUCAGUGGUAUUACGUGAGUACUUCUAGUGGGUUUUUUGAAUUGUAGAUUAACAAAUGAUUAGCAAGUCUCAUGUGUUACUGAGUCAGUCCUCAUUUCAGAUGGCAUUCCAUUAACUUAUACUGCCUAAGCUUGAGUCAUUUCUUCGUAGUCAUUCUGCUUGGAAUAAAUAAGAAAAACUUUUGUGUUCUUCCUCCUAAUUUAAAAGUCCUUUCUGAUAGGAAGAACCUUGCAGUUGAUGGGUGGCUUGGGUUUUGACCUUCGAAGGGCAAAAUUAAAAAGAAGGUAUAAGAAGUAACACAUUUGAAGUUUAAAUAGAUGAGAAUUGUUGUGGCCACAAACAAUUUAAUGUUUCUAGAGGGAAAGCAGAAAUUUUUGUUCAGGAAGUGUUUUAAACUAGAGCAGUGUCUCUAACUAUCCUUGUUAGAAGCCCAAGCCUCUUUGUGUGUUCUAGAGGAAAGGCUUCAACAAUUUCUUGUUUUAUCAUCUUAAGCUUAAACUUCUCUGUCAAAGCUCAGUCUGUUUGGAAUAUGCAUGCAUGUUUCAAGAAUGCUGAAAAACUGAAAGACUUUGGGAAAGAACUGUUUAAGUGACUGCAGUGUAAACAUGUUUGCAUAGCGAAGGCACGUUUCAGUCUUUCUGUCUAUUCCAGAGUAGGUUAAAAAAUGGUAAAGGAUGUGUCCCAUAAUUGUCAAGGCAGUAAAAGGGGAGCUAAUAAUAAAAAUUGCUUUUAAAACUACUAGGACAUUAGUAGGACUUAAGACUGGGCAAGCUCAGACUGCAAAGAGUGGUGGCUUCUUUUUGUUGGAAUAUUGUGAAGUCUGUGUCUUUCAGGUCUCCAAAUAUCUGGACUUAACCACAGGCUGCAAUUGGGUGUAGGAACUGCUGUUUCAAAUUCACAGCCUUGCUGUGCAUAGUUACAUUAGGCUGUUGUAACUUGAUUCUUUCAACUGAUAACACUGGAGUAAGGUGUUGCAUAAAUAAAUUCAUUGAAUUGGCUGUUCAGAGCCUACAUCUGCUUAAUGCAGCUGUGAACAAUGAAACCAUCACUUCCUAAAUGGUGGUAGCAGUCCUUGUUUGUAGAAGAUGAGAUUUAGUGAUCUAAGUCUGUAGGGUGCCUGCUUCCUCUUGUAUGAAUUAUCAGACCUUUGACCUUCACCUGUGGCCUGCUAAAUCUGACCAUGUGUUUGAGAUGAGCAUGAAGAGCACAACUGGGCAGAUAAGCAGCAAUUUUCUCAAUGAAAGAACUUUUGAAAAAAUAGUGCCUAGACUGUGUGUGCAUACAUUCAUUGGUUCAACGGCUUCUCUUAAACCUUACUUCCUGCACUACA